AUGGUCUGGUGCUGGGCAGGACACCGGCCAGUCCAGGAAUCUCUCGAGUUGCUUAUUCACAACAUAAAAUCAGGCGAGACCCACGACAUGAAAGCAAACUACACCGAGCUCGACGCCACAUUCGACAUAAUCUCCGGAACAAUGCUCAUCAAACAGAAAAUCCACGACCCAAAUACCAGGCCCAGUAUCCAAUAUGAGACCUGGGUACAAUUCAACCAGAUAAGCAGCAAGUUCAUCAACCUUGAGGGACUCGCCGAUAACUCCUUGCUGUUUACUUUCAAAAUAAACUCACCCGAUCCCGACCCCGAUCCCAAGCCUAAGACAGAGACAGAAACACAAAGUACAGAAGAAGGGUACCGCAGCAACUCAAAGCUCAGAAUCUGUCACCAGGUGUACGGUUGGGAAACAAAUACUGUGGGAAAAAAAAGCUCACUCUACAACUAUCUCAUGAACUGCUCAAACAACGAACAAAUUUUACAACUGCAUUUACCCCAUCAUCGUAUCGAAGAGUGGAAGACUGUCGCCAUGAUUCUUUUUACAUACCGCAAGAUCAACACAGCGACCUGGCACCGGUUUAGAGCCAGGAUAGAUCGAUCUGACAUUGCGGGUCUCAAUUGGACUAAACUUGAGGAUCGGAUGGGACUGCAGCCUGUUUAUGUGGUGGCGGGUGUGGAGGCUAGAGCGAUAAAACCUCGUCUUAGCAAGUCUGUUGCAGAUGCGAACAUUACACACCUGGCGCCUCGGUUUGAAUUGAAGGAAGGUUUGAGGGCUAGAGGAUUUACCGGUCUCUAUAAGGCCUUCCUUCGGGUUAACGAUGAUUUGAAACCGGCUGAUUUGGGUUUCAAGAAUAUCUGA